AUGUCGCACCACGCCCGCAUCGAAGAGGUGUCUGACUCGGAUCCGGAUGAGGUCGCACCCUCAGACUCGAUGGCAGUCGACUCCAUCAUCGAGCCCGCGUCAAUUCCUAAGCGUGCGAACCCACCUCCCGCCGCACCCUCGCCGAUGGCCUCAAUGGCCUCGAUGGCGCAACAGCUUCCGGAGCCGCAGCGCGAGAUCCCCAGGCAUUUUCAAUGUCUUUAUCCAGUAUAUUUCGACAAGUCGCGCUCGCGCGCAGAGGGUCGCAAGGUCGGCUCUGAGCUCGCAGUCGAGAAUCCUCUAGCUCGCGACAUCUUGGAUGCAGUGCAGAUGGUUGGGCUACAGGCCGGAUUGGAAGCAGACAAACUUCAUCCCAAGGACUGGGCAAAUCCCGGCCGUGUGCGGGUACUUCUGAAGAAUGAGGAUGGUCGGCUGAUCAACCCGAAGAUCAAGAACAAGCACCACCUCUACAUUCUUGUUGCCCAAUAUCUCAAGUCUCAUCCAACCACCGAGCAAUCACCGUACCGCUUGCGAAUUCGCGGAUUGCCUAUGCCUGAGAAGCUCCCCGCAGCUCCCUCCGCCCCGCGGGGUUGGAAGAUUGGCAAGAUCCUGCCUAUCCACUCUCCCGCUUACAGCGGCGGGGGUGUGAGCGACAACCCGUUCAAGGAGGCCAUGGCCGAAAUGCAGAACAUGCAGGGGAUGCCGGGAAUGCCCUCAAUCCCGGGACUGGCAGACAUGGCCGCGCUGGGUGGCGGUGAGCCUGCCGGAGCAGGCGGCUCAGAAAAGAAGAAAAAGGAUAAGAAGAAGGGCAAGGCCUGA